AUGAAAAGGAGAUUUUCAUCCUCAGCCACACCUUCGCCGCCGUGGAUCGAGCUACCAGAGCAUGUGACGGCAGAUAUUCUGCAAAGGUUGUACAGCGAAGAGAUAAUUGGCAGUGCGCAGUACGUGUGCACUACAUGGUGGAGAGUCUGCCAGAAUCCGGCCACGUGGUGCUCUAUUGAUUUGGACUAUCGACGUCCCGCCGCCUUCCAUUUCGGCGAAAUUUGCCGUUGCGGGGGAUUCAAGCACGGGAAGAUUUGCCGUGGCGGUCUCUGUCAACAUGACCACAUUUGCCGUUGCUCGGAGAACAAGUUCAAUUACCUUGUCCGUCGCGCAGUUGAUCUAAGCCAGGGACAACUCCUCCACCUCAAAAUUGUCGUUUGGAAUUUGAAUGGCUUGCAAAAUUACGUAGCAGAUCGGUUGGUGGGCUAUGAUGCUACUUUGUUUAUUCAAAUGGUCUAUUUGGCAGCAUAUUUAGAGCUUCAUUCUGUUCCAUCUAUUUCUUCUUCUUCUUCUUCCCUAUCUUGA